CCCUGCAAUGGACUGUUGUCCCAUCCUGGGUGAAUUCUCCAGUGGACAGUGUUACCAGUAUAGGCUAAAGAUCCACUGGGGCCCUGAUCAGGAUUAAGUGGUUACUGAAGUUUAGUUCAGCAAAAGCAUCUGAUACUGAAUGGAUAUGGGUAUAUAUGCACUUGGCCUUGAUUUUUAAAAUAUCUUUCUAACUUAAACUAAGCAUUAACCAUAAUCUAAAACAAAGGGUUCCUAUUAGCUGCUGCCACUCUCUUUUUGCAGUUUCUUUUAAAUCGUCCCCACUUCUGUUAUCUCUUUUUGCCACGACCACUCACUCCUUCAUUAAAGACGAAGCCUCUCCCACCCGAAAUCUCACGUCACAGCUCUUCAUCUCAGUGACCGCUGCUGUUUUAGAGCAGACUAAGACCCAACCCUGAUAUCUGGAAGAUGAGAGUUGUCCUUUAGGAGUACCGGAGAUGGGCUGCACGCCUUCUAAAGCCAACAUUACAUAUACUCAUGAGCAUGUGUGUGGAGAUCUGGACACCUGCUCCACGUUCUUACCGAGUGUCAAAAGCUCCGUGUCCACUCCGGAGAGACCCUCCACCAGACUGCGCGUGGACACCGGGGCAAACUGCAGGGAAACUUUCCUUACCGUGCCCAGUCGGGACUGCUACGGGCGUUUGGCGAAUCAGCAGCCUGAGAGCCCGGACGCGUGGAGCACGAUGAGUAUUGCCAGUCCUUUCGCACCCAGGGCCAGCGACCCCAGCGACCCCGAGGGCAGUGAAAUAGCUGCCGGAAAGCGGUAAAACCCGUCGCGCUUUAGUAAACCUAAUUAACGACACUUUGGUAGUGUUGUCUGGGAGACGCUUUCAGCCACUGAUCUACUCUAUUAGCACUUCAGCUGUUUAUCACAGGUUUUUAACCUUGGGAUUGAACUUUACCCUGCAUUUGGACAUUAAAGUAAUUACUGAGGAAUUACUCUCUCGUGUGCAUUCAUUAUAGAAUAAUGAGCAAGUUGAAUUUAGGAGGCGACAAAAAGAGAAAUUUGAUAGCGCCACAGCUUGACUCUCCAAUUCUCGCGGUGUUUGGACACUGAAUUCUCGCGAUCGGCUGCGAUUUCUGAAAGCGAAGACGAGAAAUGGAGAGAUGAGGGCUGAAAAGGAGCCGACAACGGGAAGCAGAGACAGAGGCGUCGUCGAGAUACAACUGCGGGAAGCUCAGAGGGAGCAGGACAGCGCCACGGUCAAUUCGAAGCAUAAAGAGGAGAAAAAGGAAAUCUUCACCAAGGUUGUGAUACGACGUCUUCCACCCAGCCUGUCAAAAGACCAGCUUGAGGAGCAUCUCAGUCCACUGCCUUCUUAUGACUAUUUUGAGUUCUUUCCUGCUGAUCAAAGCCUGUAUCCACAUCUUUUCUCCAGAGCAUACAUCAACUUUAAAAACCCAGAGGAUAUUGUUCUAUUCAGAGAUCGUUUUGAUGGCUAUGUUUUUAUUGAUAAUAAAGGUCAAGAGUAUCCAGCCAUUGUAGAAUUUGCACCCUUUCAGAAAGUUUCCAAGAAGAAGCUCAAGAAGAAAGAUGCCAAAGCAGGAAGCAUUGAAGAAGAUCCAGAAUACAAACGAUUUCUGGAGAACUACUCUUGUGAUGAGGAGAAGUCAAUGGCCAAUCCAGAAACCUUACUGGGAGAAAUUGAGGCUAAAACAAGAGAGCUCAUAGCUAAAAGAACAACACCACUUCUGGAAUACAUUAAGAACAAGAAGUUGGAGAAGCAGAGAAUUCGGGAGGAAAAAAGGGAGGAGAGGAGACGUCGAGAACUGGAGAAAAAACGUCAAAGAGAAGAAGAGAAAAGGAAACGGCGAGAAGAAGAGAGGAGAAAACGCAAAGAGGCAGAGAAGCAGAAGAAACUAUCUGAAAAGGAUAUCAAAAUCAAGCUUUUGAAGAAAUGUGACCGGGAUGAUGAGGUGGAUUCAGAGAGACUGAAAGACAAAGGAGACAGUGGCGAGACGGAGAGGAAUAAGUGGGAGAAAUCUGCAGGCCACGCUAAGGCAAAGGAACCUAAAGACAAAGUUCAGCUAGAGAGUGAUAAGGAGCAGAGGGAUGGCCACGGCCGCCGGCAGAGAGAUAAAGACCAGAGGGGCCGAGAGGAGGAGCGCAAGCGACAACGGCAUCACUAUGAGUUUGACAAGUUCAUGCGCCGCAAGGAGGAGACCAAAUGGGGCAAAGGCUACUGUCAUGACAGGGCAAAGAAAGAUGGCCACCACCAUGGCUACUCCUACUGCCCUGAGAUGGGGGAUAAGUCAAGCAAGGAGGACCGGGAUGACAUGGGGAGCAGAAAGGAACGUAUUCGUAAUAAGUCUGUAUUAGUGCAUCAGGAGAAAAGGACCUCCCAGUCUGAGGGGCCAGACCAGAUAGGAGGGGCUCUGCCAGCCAAGGACCGACCGGCCAUGCAGCUUUAUCAGCCAGGAGCCCGUAACCGGAAGCACAUGGGAUCUGGGAAUAAAGGCUUUGACUUCAGCCGGCUCUCUCCGGAGCCAAGCACCGAACCCUGCUAUGAGCUGACCAUAGGAACAGGCUCUGAGAAGAGUGCAGAUGAGUGACAGAAGCAACUCAGUCUUCGGCUCAAGGAAAGAGGCGCUGUAGCAUGUCUAGAGUAUAAACCUCUUCUCAAAGUGCUCCAUCUGUAUUUCCAUGCACUGUGUCAGAUGUAUGUUCAAACUCAGAUUAUUUUAAUGUUAAUAGAUUGUACUGAUCUACUGUAUGUUUGAGUUUCAUGUCAAAGAACACUGCCUCAUUGGAUUCACAUUUUUCUACAUUUUCACAUCAUAAGGCACUUAUCACCUGUUGUUUGUUAAGCUCCACUCUAAUGAUCAAAUGCCUCAUCAUUUACAGAGGACAGAUUUCUAUGCCUUUUGUAGUGAAUCCUAUAGAUUCUGUUACAUGAGAGAGUUUAUGGAUAGUGUAGUACAUAUAGUGUACAGAUUUUACUGUAAAAAUCAUAAGCAAAUGUUGUGAAAUGCAUAUUUUUAAUAUAUCAAAUGUAUGUUACUGUUGUGCAAUUGCAGAGUAGGUUCAUAAAAGAAACAGAUACAAUGUGUGUGCAUACGCACAUUACUACUUUUAUCCUGGAUGUAAAAAGCACUUACUCGAUUUAAUAAUUCAGCAUGUACCUCUCAAUUUUAGAUAAUGAUGCUAACAUAACUAUGCCUGAUCUUUUAUAUAUUAAACUGACUGGCGUUUUGUCCUCUUGUGGUACUCCUAAAUUGAGCCUAGCUCAUAACAUUUGUUAUAUUGGGUAGGCAUCAUUUCACCUGCCAGCCACAAUGUACACAUGUUGGCUUUCAUCGAAAGCUAUGGAAAAAUGACUAACUUGAAUUUGACUUAAAUCUAUGUAAAAUGUCAUCAUAACAUCGAUUAUGGUUUUUAUGUUUUUGUAUAAUUGAUGGCAGUUGAGUUUUCCAUGCUUCUGUGACAUCCUUUCUUGGCUCUCAUCCAGAAGACCAAGAAAACAAGGCCUUUUCACAUGCAUAGUUACAUUACAAUGCAUUUUGGUGGAUCUAUUAAUAUUGUUUGUCUACAAUAAAAUUUCAAAUUGUAGAGAGAA